CUUACGUUGGUUGCAAGGCGCUCUGAAAUCCUCUGUUAAUGGAUGUUUUUAUUUUAUUUUGUCUCAAUUUGGGAUCAGAGUUAACCAAAGUCAAAACGAAUUUGAUCUCAGUGACCCUGACCCCUCACUCGCAUUCCUCUCUGUCUCUCUCUCUCUCUACAUUGACAACAUUUUCAAAAGCAUCCAAAAUCGAGCUGUAUCAACCUGCAUUUCCGCCUUUUGAGGUCUACUCUUCCCUUCGUUUACCCCCAAUUUGUCACUACUUAAAUAGGAGGGCGGGCUCGUGAAGUUCUCAAAAUCACGAGAAAGAGGGGAAGAGGCAGGGCAAGAAGAAUAUGGAGGUUCGAUCCAGAAGAGCAAGAGAAACGAGCCCAGACAGGGUCAAAGUAUACAUGCAGCCAAGGCUAAAACCCAUAAAAAAAGUCCAAGUCGUUUACUACCUUUCACGAAAUGGCCAUCUCGAGCAUCCCCAUUACAUGGAAGUCACCCAUUCACGCGAUCAACCUCUUCGAUUAAGAGAUGUAAUGGAUCGUCUUACUGUGCUUAGAGGCAGAGGCAUGCCCUCCCUAUAUUCCUGGUCGUGCAAAAGGAGUUACAAGAGCGGGUAUGUGUGGAACGACUUGGCAGAGAGUGACAUUAUCUACCCUGCAGAAGGAGCUGAGUAUGUUCUUAAAGGGUCUGAACUUGUUGAAGGCUGCUCUGAAAGAUUGCAACAACUUCAAAUAACCAACAGCCACAGGCAAGAAAUUCAACAAAUUCAGGUACCAAAUUUCAACUCGAAGGGAAAACCUUUGGCUCAAAGUCCACAUGGAGAGCACGAGGACCAUGAAUACGAAGAAUACGAAGAAGAGGAAGAAUUCGAAGAUGGAGAAAAAACAAGCUGUACCAGCUCCACCACACCCCACUCUCGCUGCUCCAGAGGCGUAUCCACUGAUGAACCCGAAGACAACGAGACCCAACAACCACCUCAGACCCACAAAAGCCUCACUGUAUUAACUCUAAACGACUCGUCCCCACCAUCCACAUACUCCGCAGACAAUGUCAAACCCAACGAAAGCAAUAUCUCCAAGCGGUUCGAAGAUGGCGAUCAUCCAGUUUCAGACCAAAGAAACAACUCCAAACGAUGGCAAGCUGGUGACCGAGUACUCACCAACACCAACGAGACAGAAACUAGUCGGAACUCUGUCCUGCUCCAACUCAUUGCCUGCGGUAGCUCAGCAGUUGCUAAGUCAAAGAACGCACCGGCAGGUCUGAAGCAACCGGUGAAGAGCACAGUGAAGAAGAGUGAUAGCCUUCACAAAGGAGUUCUAUUCAAGAAUGCGGUGAAGCUGACGGAGGAAGAUAUGAUUAGCUACAUGUCUGAGAACCCUAGGUUCGGGAAUUUGCAGUCGGAGGAGAAGGAAUACUUCAGUGGGAGCAUCGUUGAGGCUAUGAGUGAAGACCGGGUUGCGGCUGAACCGGUGCUGAAGAAAUCGAAUUCCUAUAACGAAGAAAGGAGCAAGAAGAUUAUGGUGGCAGAAGCAGCGGAGGAAGAGAAAAGAGAGAAGGCAGCAGUGAGAGGGAAAUGCAUUCCUCGAAGAAAAUCUUCUGCUUCAUCGAAACAUAUCAAGAAAUGAAUGCAUGUCUGUCUGUCACAUUCAGCAAAGCCGUUGGAUCUGUAAUUAUUAUUAUUAUUAGUGUUUAGAGGUUUUUACUU